AAAUGUACUACACUAAUGUAAGGUGUUAAUAAGGGAAACUGGUUCCUGUGAAACCUUAAUAAAAAAAAUUAAAAAGGGAAAAUGGAAGCCAGAAGGUACUAUAUGGGACCUCUGUACCAUUUGCUCAAUUCUCUGUAAACCUAAAACUGCUUUAAAAAAGGUAUUCUCCCAUCAUCCUGCCACCUAAAGAUAACUAUUACUAAGACACUGGUAUAAAUAUUCCUGGAAAUUUUCUAUUCAUGUAUAUGCACACACAUACAUUAUUUACAUACUGCAACUUAUCUUUUUUAUAAGAGUCAUAGAAUAUUAACUAUACACAAAUUGUUUAUAAUUCUUAAAAUAGCCCCAACUGAAAAUUGUUUCCAUUUUAUAGAUGAAGUAACUGAACUGGUAAAUGGCUGAACUAGACUGAAUUCCCAAUGUACUUUACACAGUACCCUAUAUACUCUUAUCACCACACCUCUUUGUAAACAUAAGAUCUACUUUUUGUUCUCUAUUUCAUAUUUUACUCCUUCAUAAGAUAAGCCAGUCUUUCAUAUACUGUACUACCUUUGUACAGUGACCUUCACUUCAUGUGGUAUACAUGCCCUUCCUGUGGUGUUUUCCUUAACUCUGUGCACUAGUACUUUGUGUAGGAUCCUUGCCUACUGAAUAGGAAGUGGUGGCCCAGCUCCUUUUCACUGCAGGGAGCUAGCUGUAGUGAGGGGCAAACAAUGGGAGGUACACAUUUUUGACAAUAAUACGUCUUCCUUUCUUCUGUAUAAGUAGCUCUCAAAGUUCAGGUGCUCAUGAAAAUUAUUUCUGGAGUUAAGGAGCCUGAAGGAAAAGACAGUGCAGGGUAAAGGCAAAUGAAAAGGUGGAACUCGUGGGUGCCUGGGGAAGGAAGCAACCUUCAGUGGAGACAGUUUGACCACCCAGAAGGGAUGUAACAUUCAGAAGCAUUCAGUGAAUUUGAUAGCAGCCAGUUCAACAAGUCCCUGUUGUGAUCAGACUAUUCAGGGAAGCUUUCAAGAAAACCCUGUCCCUGCUCCUCCUCUCUGCACCUACAGGGGACACUCUAAGGCUGCAAACAAUCCUGGGAGCAAUACAAAAGCACAUCCAUUCUUCCUCUCUUAUCUUCAAACUGGCCCAAGAUGCAUUCAAGAUUGCUACUCCCACUGACAGUAGUACUGACAGCACUCUGCUCAACGUGGCCCUGGAGCUGGGAUUACAGGUGAUGAGGAUGACCUUAUCAACCCUUAACUGGAGGCGCCGGGAAAUGGUGCGGUGGCUGGUGACAUGUGCUACAGAAGUGGGUGUGCGGGCCCUGGUGAACAUCUUGCAGAGCUGGUACACACUCUUCACCCCCACCGAGGCUACUAGCAUUGUGGCUGCCACAGCCGUAUCCCACACCACUAUCUUGCGCCUCAGUCUUGACUAUCCACAGCGGGAGGAGCUGGCUAGCUGUGCUCGCACGCUGGCCCUGCAGUGUGCUAUGAAGGAUCCACAGAGUUGUGCCCUGUCAGCGCUUACACUCUGUGAGAAAGACCACAUCGCCUUUGAAGCAGCCUACCAGAUCGCCAUCGAUGCUGCCACUAGUGGCAUGACCCAUUCGCAGCUGUUCACCAUCGCCCGCUACAUGGAGCUCCGUGGCUACCCGCUACGUGCCUUCAGGCUGGCCUCAAUGGCCAUGAGCCAUCUCAACCUGGCCUACAAUCAGGACACCCAUCCAGCCAUCAAUGAUGUGCUCUGGGCGUGUGCCCUCAGCCACUCUCUAGGCAAGAAUGAGCUGGCGGCCCUCAUUCCCCUGGUGGUGAGGAGCGUGCACUGUGCCACAGUCCUUUCAGACAUCCUGCGGCGCUGCACAGUGACCGCGCCUGGCCUAGCUGGCAUCCCAGGCCGCCGCAGUUCUGGAAAACUUAUGUCCACUGACAAAGCCCCACUGCGCCAGCUGCUCGAUGCCACCAUCAAUGCCUAUAUCAAUACUACACACUCACGCCUGACCCACAUCAGCCCUCGCCACUACGGAGAGUUCAUUGAAUUUCUGAGUAAGGCUCGGGAGACCUUCCUGCUGCCCCAGGAUGGCCACCUGCAGUUCGCCCAAUUCAUCGACAACCUCAAACAAAUCUACAAAGGCAAGAAGAAGCUGAUGCUGCUGGUUCGAGAGCGCUUUGGCUGAGAAAGCAGACAGCUCACUGCUGGGGCAGCCUGGGCCCUCGGGUACCAUCAGGUCAGGCCAAGGACACUGAAACAUUUGUCUACCCUGAGAGGACUCUGAGCACCUGUGGCUGAAGCCAAAGGACCACAGGGCUAAGCAUGGGGAGAGUCCACCUCUAGCCAAUAUGCCUUCCUUGGCGAGGUUCUCACUAUAGCCCACUGUUCCUAGAGGAGCUGGGCCCUGCAGAUCAAGCCCCACAACAUGCCACCUCACGCCCCUAUGUACUGCGUGUCCUGGGCACUGGCCCUCCCUACCUUGGCAAAUACAGAACACUGUUCCGUCUCAGGGAUUGCUUAACCAGAGAAACAGAAGCAUUUAUGGUACUGUAAAUACUAUAGUAUAUGUGUUGCCAAUUACAUUGUAAAGUUGUAACUAUUUAUAAUUCUGGUUCUAAUUUGAUGGGUACUUGAAGUAGGUGUGGGUGGCAAGAUAGGCUUGUUUUCUGAGGAGACUCAACCAUUUCUCAGGUUUCCCUUGCAGACUGUAUGCUGUUGGUAGUAGAAGAGUGGGGGUGGCAGGGAGGAAAAAUGGCCAAUUAGAAUAAAUCCCAAGUCUAGUCUAUGCAGGAACCCCAGCCUGCAGAUGGGAAUCUAUAGCCCAGUGGAGGGUGAGGGGCAGGGCCAGGACUGGACUUAAAAAGACUUUUGCCUCACAAAGCCAUCAGACACUGAAGCUCUUGCUCCUGCUUCACAUGCCUUUCUAGGAGUCUUCUGAGCUCCUAAGAAACAAGUGCAGGGAGAAGGUGGUCUGGGAGGCCACUAAGCUCACAUUCAUCUACUCUGGUCACCUUUGUGUUAGAGAGUGUCUGGUUUUAUCUCUAAUUAUGUAUGUGUUUAUAUAUCUGUAUGGCUAAGUACAUGUGUCUCUGUGUGCAGAGAUAUAUUGUACAUACCUGUCUAUAUGGGCACAUGUAUAUUUAUAUACAUCUGUCUUGUCUGUAUAUGUGUUAACAUGUCUGUGUGCUAGACUGGGGGUUUCUGUGUGAGGAUAUACACCUGUGUGAACAUGUAAGAAUACAUAUCUGUGCAUUCAUGUUCAUCAAUGCAUGUUUAGUGUGUGUGUGUCAGGCACACACAAAUGCUUAUGUAUAAAUACUUGUUUGUACCUGUGUAUGCCUGCUCUCCACUGGUCUGUCUUUGUAUGUGUAACUGUAUAUUUUGACACACAGGUUAUGUCUGAAUUCAUGUUUAAGGAUCUGCAUAAAUAAGUCCCUUCUGUUUUUGCCAGAUCUCGUCUUCGUUCCUUAGUCUCUCUCAACAGCUAAACAUGUUCCCCAUCUCUGCAGUUUGUUACCAAACAACCUUCUAAGCACUGUCUUCUUCUCCCCCAAGAGUAGUUCUUUCCACUCCACAGUUCUCAUCUUGCCUUGUACUUGCUUUCUGCCCUUGCCUCUCUACCUCAAGCUUCUUCUACCUGCUUUUGUCACAGUCCCAUUGGUCGCUAAUCUGGAGGCUGGGGCUGGAAUGCAUUGAGCCUUUCCCUUCCUGACUAGUUUCUAGCCCUAAUGGGCACCCCCAUCUUAGCCCUGGCUGACCUACACAGUGUGUCAUGGCCCUGCUGCUUUCCUGACCCUGUGAUCUGCCUGGCAUUGUUACAGGAGGCAGCAAGGGCGUUCAGAAGAGUCAUUUGGAUGCCAGUGUCUUGGUGUUCACUGUUCCAUGUUUUUGUUCCCGAGUAGAGGGUGGGGUGUGGUAGGGAAGGGGUGGUAUAGCUAAUAGAGUAUGCACUAAGGACCUCUCUAUCUGCUUUGUUUUCCCUUCUUUGACAAACUGUUUGUGACUUUUUUUUUCUUCACACUAACCAGUAAGUUGUAUUUGCUGUUUGUGGCUACUAAAGUCUUACUGUCCAGCCAUGGGCCCCUACCUCUUAGCCCAAUAGGUUGGUUUUGAAAAAAAAGCAGCCACUCCCAUUUCUAUAUCAUGAUUGCCAUUUUUAGCAAGUGUGUGAACUUGCAGUGCUUUUCUAUGAAUAAAUCAUGGAUCACAGAAAUGAUCAUU